AUGGAGUUGCAUGACCCGGACCUCAAUCCGACUUAUAAAUGCAACAUCGACGGGGCUGUCAAAUAUGACGAUAAUUCCUUGAGCAGCAUUAAUGAGCCCUUCAAGGUCAGGGCUACUCAAGAUACAUGUGACCUUAGCUUGAACUUUGAACCCUCUUCAGCUUACAAAGGCCAAUUCUCCUUAACCCUUAUGGUCAAGGACAUCAAAGACCCUGUUGGUUCGAAUGGGACAAUGGAAGUAACAAUUCGCAUGAUCAGCCCGGCAGAUCGCAUAGAGUUCAAAUUUGACAAUACCGUCCAAGAGGUAACGGAUAAACGCAAUGAGGAAACCAUAACCGGAACGGAAAUUCGCCAUUACCUACCUCCAGAAUAUAUCCAGGAAAUUCUUAAUCAGUUCGAGUCAAAGAAUCAAGUGGAUCAGUCUUCACGUUCGGGAGAAUGGAUCUAUCUCCCCUUCACAGAUGAUGCGCUAGCAAUGUAA